UGUAAAUAAACAAGAUGGUUUAUGCUUUUGUUAUCCACACACUUCUGCCUGGGCCUUGUCGUGUCCUUUAUCACAAUGUUUAUGGACAAGAUGUAACAUACACUGAAGAAAUUGAUGACACAACUCACAAGAAUCGGAGAAGGGAUGAUAUUCAAUUGAUAGCUAACGAGGUUCACUCUGAGUACCAGUUUAGAAAGGCUGUUCUUUCACGGACCGUAGAGGAUGAUAUUCAACGCAUGGGUAACGACGACACCCUCCCAGAGUUUGAGUUUGGUUGUGUUCGGCUCCCGGAGGGUAACCCUUUUGUAGUCGAGAGAAUCGCUCUCUGGUUAGGAGCGGGAAACACUGGAUUUACACUCGUGUGUGAAAAAUCAGAAAACAGACUUCUUGCAGAGAAUGUUUUGAAAAUUCUUAUAAGGUUUAUUCAGGAACAUGUUCGAGUUUUGAAUCAACCUUCGGAAGCGAGAAUGAAAAGUGACAAAAUUGCUCUUAUUCUAAGUCGGUUUUUGCCAAACGGGCACCUGCUUUUUAUGAACCAUCGUGUUGUCAGACAAUUAGAAAAAGAGGUCGAAAGUUUGAUGAAGUUAUCAUAAAUUUAAAUUAUUAAAAUAUUCUAUCUGAAUUGUUAGAUUUGUAUUUCAUUUGUAUUUCAACUAAAUCAGUUCUAUGUAUUUCAUUUAAUAAAUGCAAUGCAAUAUAUUGCUUGUGUUCAUUUAUUGUAAAUAUUCAGCUAAC